AUGUCGGUGAGCUUUUUCUGCUACGGACGACUGGACGCCAGGACGGAUCUGGAGAUUGUCGCCUACAUCACCCCCUACGGGACCCGAAGCCGGUACUUCAGACUGGGAGGGCACAUCUUUUCACGGCCGAGUUCGGUUCGCCAAAGUCGGGCUGGUGGCCAUUUUUGGCCAGCACUGACGACCGGACGGCCAGAAGGAGCGGCAGACUCUCGCUGCCAGGACGCACCGAAUGAGUAUGAUGCAAAAAUAGAUUGGGAGAUUGUGAAUAACAACUUGAGUCAGCCUGGAUCGCUCGAGGAGAUCUAUCCUUCAGAGGGGAUUGAUGAACAUUGCAAGGAGAGUAUUGGUCUCAAUUAUGGGCCCUACAAACGAGUGGGAAACUUUGGUGACGUCCAGGCCUAG